AUGUUCAGCUACUACCUGCUGCCAAUGGUCAUUUUCGCUGCCGGCUUCAACCUGGACAAGCAGAAGUUCUUCCGAUAUGGUGGUUACAUUUUCGCUCUGGGGAUCACUGGAACCGUUUGCAUUUUCGUGCUUAUCUACUUUGGCUCCGAUCUUUUCACGAUACACCCUGUGAACGGCGAGCCAUUUGUCAUUCCAGCGCAGAAUCGUUUGAUCCUUGCGUCGGUCUUGGCUUCCACGGAUACAGUUGCACCCAUGGCCUUUGUUUCAGCGUCCGACUUCCCGCAGCUGUAUGCUGUCAUCUUUGGAGAAGGUGUGCUCAAUGACGUAGUGUCAAUCCUGCUAAGCACCUCUGUGGAGGAUGCAACCAAGAUGCCUCCGCUGCUUGAGCUUUGCGGCAACCUGCUCAGAGUCUUCGCUUGCUCUUCGGCACUGGGCGUGGCUUUCGGUCUCGCGACCUCACUGCUGUUCAAGCAU